CUGGAGGAGGCUGAUAUCAAGUUCACAUUGACUCCUUUUGCUGUGAAGAGUGAAGAAGACGAAGAGAAACCUCAGUCGUCACAGCUUCAUCAGAGUCAGAAUGAGGAGAACAGAGCGGACGGUGGAAAACCGGAACCAGCCAGGAACUCAGGUCCUGAUGGAUUUUUACAACCAGGUCCUGAGGACAAGACCGAAGACUCUUCUGAGACUGAAGACAGUGAAGAUGAUUGGAUGGAGACCAGGGAGCCUCAGCCUCAUAUAAGAAACAACAAACAGCCAUUAAGUGAUAUGAGAUGUAAAACUGAUAAGAAACCAUUUAGUUGCUCUGAGUGUGGUAAAAGUUUUAGACGAAAGGACAUGCUGAAGAGACACAUGAGGAUUCAUACAGGAGAGAAACCAUUUAGUUGCUCUGAUUGUGCAGAAAGAUUUAGACAUAAGAACCAGCUGAAUAUACACAUGAGGAUUCAUACAGGAGAGAAACCAUUUAGUUGCUCUGAUUGUGGUAAAACAUUUAACCAAAAAUAUCGUUUAAAGUUACAUAUGAGAAUUCAUACAGGAGAGAAACCAUUUAGUUGUUCUGAAUGUGGUAAAACAUUUAGCCAUAAGCAAGUGCUGAAUAUACAUAUGAGGACUCAUACAGGAGAGAAACCAUUUGGUUGCCCUGAUUGUGCAGAAAGAUUUAGACAUAGGAACCAGCUGAAUGUACAUAUGAGGAUUCAUACAGGAGAGAAACCAUUUAGAUGCUCUGAGUGUGAUAAAAUAUUUGGACAUGCGUCUGAAUUAAAGAUACACUUGAGAGUACAUACGGGAGAGAAACCAUUUAGUUGUUCUCAGUGUGAUAAAGCAUUUAAACAAAAAUCCGAGCUAAAUUCACACAUGGCAGUUCAUACAAAAGAGAAACCAUUUAGUUGUUCUCAGUGUGAUAAAGCAUUUAAACAAAAAUCCGAGCUAAAUUCACACAUGGCAGUUCAUACAAAAGAGAAACCAUUUAGUUGCUCUGAGUGUGGUAAAAUAUUUAGCCAAAAGACCGUUUUAAAGACACACAUGAGGAUUCAUACAGGAGAGAAACCGUUUAGUUGCACCCAGUGUGAUAACAAGUUUAGACUUUCGGCUGAUUUAAAGAGACACUUGAGAAUACACACAGGAGAGAAACCAUUUGGUUGCAGUCAGUGUGAUAAGAAAUUUAGGCAAUCGGCUAAUUUAAAGGAACACAUGAUAAUGCAUACGGGAGAGAAACUCUUUGGUUGCUCUGAGUGUGGUAAAAGAUUUAACCGAAAGUUCACUUUAACGAGUCAUAUGAGGAUUCAUAGAGGAGAGAAACUCUUUGGUUGCUCUGAGUGUGGUAAAAGAUUUUGCCAAAAGUCUGCUUUAACAAGACAUAUGAGGAUUCAUAGAGGAGAGCAGUGAUUCAGUUGCAUUGUUUGCAACAAAAGAUUUAUUAGGAUUGAUGAGCAGCUAUUCAUAUUAUACAUAUUCAUAUUUCACUGUUGUAAAUUGAGAAUUAAGAGUCCCUCCUUCACCUGUUUUAAUCAGUUUAACAGUUUUUGGAACGCAGCAUUGCACACGCACACACAGGCCCCGGCCCCACUCACACACACAGAUACAUUAGAGAGGUGAUAAAGUGUGGAUAAAGGGUUUCGGACUAGUGUGGAUAAAGUGUGGAUAAAGGGUUUCGGACUAAUGAUAAAUUAUUAGCGCUGCUGUUUCAGGAUCAGAACAGAAGCAGCGGUUGGUUUGUAUCGUGCCAGCGUCUGAGUGUCGUCCUCCACACUCACUGACCUGAGCUCACUUUUUUACUAUCAACACCAACACUCAUCACAAGUUGUUAGAACCUGAACAGAACUGAACUUUACUUUGUGUUUGUUUGAUUAACUCCAGAGUUUAAGAGAGACAGACACACCCACUAACCUAAUACAAUAGAAACCUAAAAGUUCAUCUAAAUUAUAACCAUUCACUUUACUGAGCUGGUUAAAUAUAUCCUGGGCCAAAUGUUUAGUAUUUAUUCAAGAGCAACUUUUAUUAACCGAGCCAGAGAGUCAGUUUUAUUUGUUGUUUUGGUUUUGUGGUUUAUUUUAUUUCUUUUAUUCCUCAAGGAUAUUCUAAUAUUUCUCAUUCUAAUGUCAGAAUAUUCAAGGCUGCUUGUGUUAGUAUAAGGCUCCAUGGAGAUGCUGCUGAGAGAUUUUUAAAUUACAGGGAUGCACAAGAAAACUAAAAACUUUACACAGGUGAAAGGUCUAAACUGUGAAACAACACAUUCAGAUGUGAAGGUGAGAAAUGAGCUGUAUUUUGUAUAUAUAUAUUAUAUAUAUAGAUUAGUUUUGUUCAACAAAUUUUGUUCAAUGUGUGCGUAUGAUAAUGUUUUGCUAUACACACAUUUAAAUUAAAAUAUCUGUAAAUUUCAGAAGAAAAUGAAAAAAAUGUGAAACUGCAUAAUAAAUAAUAAAUCACGCAUGUUGAAAAAUAAA